GAGUUCAAAGAGGCCUUCAACAUGAUCGACCAGAACCGGGACGGCUUCAUCGACAAGGAGGACCUGCAUGACAUGCUGGCUUCUCUAGGCAAGAAUCCCACCGACGCCUACCUGGAUGCCAUGAUGAAUGAGGCCCCGGGCCCCAUCAAUUUCACCAUGUUCCUCACCAUGUUUGGAG